UAUGCUCCUCCCCUACUUUUGAUUGGCAAGUUGUUUGUUUCACUGUUACCAGCUGCUGGACGAUUCCAAUCCCUGUCGGAGAGAAAACACGCGGAACGACAGUCCUUCUCAAUUUUCUUCCUCCCUGUUUACCUCAUUGUGCUUUCUUUUAUUUCACCCUGCUUCUGUCUUUUGCUCUCUUUUACUCUUUUCCUAAGUGGAUAACUUUUUCUUCUCCCUCCUUUGUUUUCUGCUCAGUUUCACGGUUUUUAUACGCUCUAGCUAUAUAGCAUAGGUAUAUUUAUUUAUUUUUAUUAGAUAGGAUAUAAUUUUAUUUAUUUAGAUGUUCGUCAAAUGAGAAGACGCAAAAGAUGGAGUUGCAUAUUUUAGAACACAGUUUGAAAGUAGCGAGUAUAGCAAAAGAGGGCAUUCAGAUUUGCACUCAUGGAUUAAUCAAACUCGCCUUCUUGCCCUCUAAAACAAGGUGCAAAUUUUUCAGUUUGACGGAAACUCCGGAGGACUAUACCCUUAUCGUCGACGAGGAAGGCUUCAAAGAACUGCCUGAGUCAGAGCACCUUAGUGUCGCCGAAGCCACGUGGUUGGCUCUCAAUGUGGUGUCGGGGGGUGGGAGCACCACCAACUCUCAGCCAAUUGGAGUCACCAAAAUAGCCAAGUCUGUCAUCGCCCCCUUGGCAGACCACAACAUCUCUGUGUUUAUGCUGUCCACCUAUCAGACGGACUUCAUCCUGGUUCGAGAGCGGGACCUGCCCAUGGUCAUGCACACCCUGUCUUCUGAGUUCACCUUGAUGAGGGUGGUCAACGGAGAGACCGUAGCCGCCAACAGCCUAGGAGUCACCAACGGCUUUGUCAAGCCUAAACUUGUGCCCCGUCCCAUCAUCCACCCUCUGUCCAGCCCCAGUAACAUGUUCUGUGUGACCAGCCUGGACCCGGACACAUUGCCCUCGGUGGCCACCCUGCUCAUGGACGUCAUGUUCUACUCAGGCGGGAUAAAGGAGCCUGGGGCAUCUAGUGAGGACACUGGACACAUCCGCUUCUUCUCUUUCUCUCUGAUUGAGGGCUACAUCUCUCUCGUCAUGGACGAGCAGACGACACAGCGGUUUCCCAACAAUGUCCUCUUCACUAGUGCUUCAGGGGAGCUUUGGAAAAUGGUACGCAUUGGAGGACAGCCUUUAGGAUUUGACGAGUGUGGUAUCGUGGCACAAAUAUCGGAACCCCUGGCGACUGCUGACAUUCCAGCUUAUUACAUCAGUACCUUCAAGUUCGACCAUGCCCUGGUCCCAGAAGAAAACAUCCAGAGUGUGAUUGGAGCUUUGAGGACCAAUGAGAGCGCAGGACAGUGAAGGCGAGGUGGAAAGAGACCGUGGAACGAGCAAUUUAUUAUGUCAAACUCUUACAAAAAAAAAGUGCCAAGAGGUUAAUGCAAAGCUUGAGUCGUGUAGACGGACGACUGUGUGUGUGUGUGUGUGUGUGUGUGUGUGUGUGUGUGUGUGUGUGUGUGUGUGUGUGUAGACAUGCUUUGUACAACGACCAGCAAUGUGUCCCUCCUAUUCUGAGGCGGUUCCAACUACACUCCAAACCACACCCGCCACUCCCUUGAGCAUCCACUCUUACCCCAAACAACAUCCACCUCUUUGGGGACCCAAAGCAAGAGUGACUGCAGUGUUUUCUUUUCUCUCGCUCUAUUUCUUCUCUUCCUUCCCCUCAGACCAUUUCACCAUGGCAACGUGACCUACCGAUUUUGGGCCUAUUUCUUCGACACCAGCCCCUGAGAUACUGCAAAGCGGCCCUCACCUCCUUUUACUCUUCAUGUGUCACACACGCGGUCCAUGACUGCCUAUAGUGAUAGGUGUUGCUUUAGUAUACCAGACUUUCCUUCCUAACUUUACAUUGUUUUUCGCAAGCUGCUCUUUCCAUAACCAUCAUACUGUAUUAGUUACCAGUCCUCUUAUGGAAAGAAAGAGAAUGUACUUUACAAACAAUUAUCAAUAUUUCCAUUAUUCUUUGUAUUUAUUUUUCUCAGUGCCAAGAGGUUUUGAAGGCCUUGACCGAUGCCUUGUCUAAUGCUCAGCGUGUGCAAUUUCAGAUCAGAUUUUGUCAGAUGGGGAAAUGAGACUGGUGAAUGUUGCUCUGUUCUGGUGAUGAGCGUGAAAUGACAUUUACUGAUGAAUCGCAGAGCCACUGAUCUAUAGAACAUAUCAUAUAAAUAGUCUAGUCUAUAUAUAUGCCAAUUUUCAUGUAGUUUCGGGAGAACUAGGUUAUCUUUUUGCGUUGAGUGCCACACCAUGCCUGACUCCAAACCGGUCCUUUACCACAAACUAGAAUAAUGACUUCAACGCUAGUAAAGCCAACGUGGUGAAGUGGUAGGGGCCUUGUCAUUUAUUCUGUUGUGAAUGUUUUUUUGUGGUUGUGGCUCAUUGAACCAGCCCUGCAACCCUGUUGUCAGUUUAGGCAAUCAUCCCCCACCCCAGUCUGCACUUUAAUACAGGUCCCUCUUUCUGACCUGCUAUACUGAUGUGAAAACAGGGGAAGGCUUAUUUUAUCCUUGAAGGAUUUCUUGAUAUGUAGACUUUUGUUGGUCUUAAACCAUUGGUGGGUAUUAUAUUCUCUGUCAAGCAAAAGCUUUCUUCGGUUAGCUUUGAUAUACAGAAACCAUGUAUUUAUCAGUGUUAACAUAAAGGGUGACAUUUCUUCUGAUAAAGAAAGUUAUUUGUUUUCA